AUGGACAGUGAUCAUGAUGAUGAGGUUGCCAGUCUGGCCUCUUCCUCGGGGAACUGUGGCCCUUGCUCCUCUCACAGACUUCCCGUAAAGGACUGGAAAACAUCUCCCCGCAGCUCCCCUAAGCUCAAGAGGAAGAGCAAGAAGGAUGAAGGAGAGUCCUCACAGUCUAGACAGAUUGAGAACCAGAUGAGCACAGAGGUGCAGGAUGAGCUUCUACAGAUGUUACGGAGCCAGCAAAGGGAGAUCGCUGAGCUGAGACAGAACCAGCUGGACCUUCUGCAGAGAGUCACCAGUCACAUGGACGCUGUACAGAGCUCCAUCAUGGCUCACAUUGAGCACGCCAUGUUGGCUCAGCAGGAGCAAGAAC